AUGGUGCGGCUGCUGCUCGUUUUGCUGCUCCUUGCCGACGUCGGGAUCGCCGAUAACAGCGUGACGUGCGCGUUAAACACGCCGCGUUUCUACGACCCGUCCACCGGCUGCUACCCGGGCCCCAUCCAAAAUUCGUUCGACCCGGAUACGGUCCUAUUUUGGGAGGUGGUCGAAGGCUAUCGCGUGUAUUACGUAUGCCCCGAGCCCGGUCACAAAGUCUGCCGGAGCAAGGGCAAGGACAAGAAGUCGCCGGACCAAUUUUCGUGCCACGGAACGGCAGACCUGUCGGAAGAAUGGUUCAAACGAUGGGAGGCUGGCUUUAACGGCGAAUGCGGUUCCGAGGAAACACGAAAAGAGGAUGCCACGGUCGAGCCGCUAUUUCGUCCGAAAAUCUACUGUGACGUAUCCGGGCCACCGUACGAUCCGAAGGGCAGAACGUGCAAAAGGUCCGUCGCAGAACCUUUUGGAGCGUCGCCGAGCAUCGCCUUCCGCGAGGACAUCCUACACCCUGACAACACCACGGUCAUGGUCACCUACGUGUGCGAAGCGGGAUAUUUCUGCUCCGAGGGCUCCGGAGAUUUCUGGCCAGUAACAACAUCGGGUCCGUUGGGCGAUCGGGUGGGGUGCUGGGACAGAGUCAAUAAACCGACGCCCUACUCGUCGGGAAUCUGCGUGGCCGAUUCCGCUCUGCCCCGCAUUGUCUAUACGGCCUCCGCCGACCUGAAACGUCUGAUCGAGUCCCGCCAGGGUCGCCUCGGUUACGGUGUACUCUUCCCGCGUGGGCCGGACGACUUCACCGACUUCAAGCCGUUCCACUAUGACGUGGCAUGUGACGUGGCCCACCGCCCCUGGCACCCCGUCGAAGGAUGCGUGGAGGUGGAGCGCGAGCUGCCAUUGGCGACAGUCACGGAGAAUGCGGAAACAAUAGGGGCCGACUGGGGCAUCGCCUUCUACGAGACAGUCCUCAACAACGACGGCGUCACCUGGACGCACGUCGUUUAUGAUGAUCCGACGACCUCCAAGGCGGAGAUCCCUGCCGAGUGGCCGCACAAGUUGGCGGUGUUGCACAGCCCGGCCAGUCGGGGAAUACGCACGCUGCUGCGGCGCUACGUCGAACUGUACGAUCCCAGCAACGCCGGAAGCCGAGGAGGGAUCUCAGGGACACCACUCGAUUUCGCGCCCACCUACACGCGGGUCAAAGAGGUCAAGUACCAGCCGGAAUGGCUGAUAACUACCACCACAAAAUCCACCACCACAAAAUCGACCACCACGGUAUCCACUCAGUCGACGAAUGCCACGAUGGCUACCACGAUGAAUACAACGAAGGCCACAACAACCACCACUACGAGGAGCACGACAACUGAGAGGCCGUGGAGUGACGAAGAGUUGAUGCACAUCAAUUCCGGCAUCUUGUGCAUGGUCGCGUUGCUCUUCCUCACCAUCUACUUCAAGUGCAAAAAAUACGAGGCCCCGCCGCGUGUGACCUGGCUGGAGGUGACGACGCCCGAAGAUGCACACCCUCAAAAUCCUCCGAAACAACCCGCCGACAUGACCAAGUCGGCCAGGAGCAGCGCCACAGUC